CACAAGAGCUCACAACUUCCCACUUCUUCACCUGUUGGCUCGUUAGUGUCUUCCGCUGGUAGUAGAUAUUAAUUAUUUUCUGCGAUCUGUACCACAGGCGGAACCUCACCACAGCAACUAUGAAUAUUUCUGCAGGGGAGAGAGAGGGCUUCGAUGACACUGCUGCGGCCCAUUGGAAUAUUAUUCUUUCCAUAUUUUACAUCCUGAUUUUCAUCAUUGCCGUGCCUGGGAAUGCCUUGGCGCUGUGGGCCUUCUUUCACCAGAAAAGCACAUCUCCAUCCAAGGUGUUUCUGAGGAACCUCUCUGUAGCCGACAUCUCUUAUGUCCUCAUUUUACCCAUGCGCAUAGUUUACCACCUGUCUGACAGCCACUGGCCCUUUGGACACAUCCCCUGUCAACUACUAGGCUUCCUGUUCUACCUAAACAUGUACUGCAGCCUCUACUUAAUGAGCUUCAUUAGCCUGGACAGAUUCCUGGCUGUGGUUUUCCCUCUAAAAUCACAGACAAUUAGGAAGCCUGUGUAUGCAAAUGUAGCUGUUGGCAUACUUUGGGUGACUGUUAUCAUCUCCAUGAGUCCUAUGCUAUUCUCCAAACAGACCAACUCAUCUGGCACCUGCAACAAGCUGUACUUAGACAGAGCAUCUCAGACAGCUUUGGUUUCCACUGUUGUGGCGUUUGCUAUUCCCCUGACUACCAUAGUGGUUUCCUACAUACUGAUUGUGUUGAAACUAAGGACAGUCAGACAACAAGUGGAACGACCAGUGAAAGACAAAGCCAUAAGAAUGAUUAUACUCAUUGUGAUGAACUUCCUGCUCGCAUUUGUGCCAUACCAUGUAUGCAGGAUAGUCUACAUUAAAAGCCACAUUGGCGGUCCGAUUGCUAAAGCGAGUCGUGAGUCGCUGGGAAGAGCCACUCAGAUCACAUCUGCACUGACCUGCGUUAGUGGUGUACUGGAUCCUGUGAUGUAUUUCGUCUUGAAUCGUGCAUACAGGGACACAUUUCUCCGACUGUUCUGUAAAAAUAGAGAACGUAACCUAUAAAUAACUAACAUGUAAACAAUAAAACAUUUUGAAACAAA